GAGAUUUCCAUCUAUAGAGUUUCUCCAACACUUGUGAGUUUGAGUGAAUACGAGCAAGGCUGACUUAGCGCUCUAACGAGACUUGAGUGCUAAGUGUCGCACGGCCAAGAGUUGGUCCGUGACAGUCCCCACCGAUAUCAAAGAUCCGAUUGAAACUUGCAUGCCAUUUCGGGGCUUGCGUUUGGGCAUAAACACUCGCAUAGUCAUUGCGCGGCCUGUGAUGACGUGGCUUGAAUUCCGAGAGGCACCCGGGCUUAAAAACGUCAGCAUGCACAUGAUUUGGAUAGACAAGAAGGAACGAUUGAUCGAGUCGAUGGUUGAUGAAAAGGACAUCAGCGAGAUUUCUCGCAGGAUUAAAGUCGGG